UGUUUUGUAGAGAAGAAUGGCUGCCAUCUUUAGUUUUCGAUGGAUGUUUUCCAAAGUUCUCGCGAAUUCUUAUUAUUAUUGCGAUAUUAAAUAACGUGAUUUGAUAAAAAACAGUGCAAUAACGUCAUCCGCGAUGCAAUAAGUGUUUUGGCGUUGUUUAUUCAAGCUGCCCUGGUACCAGUUUCGUUAAAAAAUGCUUGUGUUUACAUCUCAGUUUGAAACGAGCUUCUAUAUUCCUGUCAUAUUAAGGUGAGAACAAUUCCAUAAAGGAGACUAAAGUGUCAUCGCUCCGAUUGUCGAUGGCUGGUUAUGGGUAACGCGGAUAAUGCGAACGCAGGAACCCGGAUCAGUCGUGCAAUGAUUCUCAGCAAUCUCAGCAUCUCUCAAUUCUCAAUGUGCAAGAAAAUCUGGUCCAGUGACCAGUGGAGAGGUCCCAUGAUAGUCAGUUAGUAGUGCUCGCGCACGCGCUGCGCAGAAGAUCAAGCAAACAACGAUACCUGUGGUAACCUUGGAGCUUAUGGUACAGGAUCCUCAAAUAGUUUAUUCAAAAACGAAGAAGAAGAAGGAGAAAAAAACGUGAGUCUAGCGUUAUUACUUGAAUAAAAGGAAAAAGGAUCGCAAAGACGUUUUACAAGAAAUUUUUAUUCAACGGAACUGUAAGGCCUUCAAAACGUCGACUCCAUCAGUGAUCAAGUUAUCUGGGGGAGGAUCAGGAGGAGGUGGGGAGAAAUCAUCCCCAGGUCCAGGUCCACCUCCCCCAACAAUUCAAACCGAAACAAAUCGUUCCAGUGGCGAUAAUAAUGGAUCCGAAAGAAUUGAUCACACGGAAUCGAAUGCAGAAGCCACCAUGAGUUUUGUAUUACAGUUAGGUUCUGUAAAUAAUGCUGAAGAAGUCGAGAAUAAUAAUCCACUAUUGUCAGCUACAGAUAUUAACAAUACCCCAUUAACAAUCGAAACAUCUCUUCCAAAAUCUGUGAUCGCUGGGGCCAAAACACAAAAUGUACAGAAUUUAAAGUCCGUCAAUUCAUCUGUAGUCUCAAUUUCUUCUUCAACAACAAAUUCUUCGGCUGUGAAACCUAUUACUGUUACCUAUCCAAUGAAUAAAAAUUCAAAAGAAAUACAAAAAAUCAAUUCACAAACAAAUACGACGCAAGUCCUAACAACGCGUGUCAUCUCACAAAAAGUCACGUCCAAUUAUCAAUUGCACUCACUUCCAUUUAAUGCCACUUCCCAACAACAAAAACAACAACAAUCAUCAUCGUCGUCAAACACUCCAACAAUUCAAAUGUCAAAUUCAGGUCAGCCAAUUAAAGUUCAAGUUACCUCUGAAUUACCAAUUAAUAAACAAUCGUCUCCAAUUCAAUCCGGCGGACAAUUAAAAAUUCAACAAAUCACCGUUCAAUCGCCAAUUCAAAGUGUCACGAAUAAUUCGACAUCGACUAUUCAGAGGAUACAAGGCAAGGGGCAAAUUGUCAAUCAGAAUCAAUCGAAUUUACAACAGCAGCAGCAACAAAUUAAUCAAACGAAUAUUAAUCAACAGAUUGCGAAUAAACCCAAAAUUAUCAGCAACGUCUGUCAAAAUCCUCCAAUUCAACGAAAUACGAUCACUAGAAUGCAGACGACAAUGGUAAAAUCGCAAAAUCCCCAAAUUACCAUGAAUCAAGUAAUGAACAACGCAAAUAUGCAGCGAGUGCAAGUGCCGAAAGUCCAGGCACCUAAUGCUCAAAAAGUGCCGGCGAAUUUUAACAAUCAAAAGGCACCGAUUGUUAAUAAUUUAAAUCCUUCUGGUAAAACUCAGCAGCAACUACAGCAGCAGCAACAACUACAGCUACAACAGCAGCAGUUACAACAACAACAACAGCUGCAACAACAGCAGAAUCAGCUACAACAGCAGCAGAAUCAGCAAGUUGUUCACAAGGUGCAAGCGCCGACAAAAGCGGCAGUCAAACAACCGCCGACUGCUCCAAAUAAUGCUCAAAAAUCCCUGACAAUGCAGAAACAAGUCGGACAAUCGCAAGGCCAGCAGCAGGUUAUCCAACAAAAUCAGAAGUUGCAAACACAACAACAAAGGCCGACGGUUUUUGGCAAUCUGCACAAAUCGCAAACUGUCGUCAAUGUCAACUCGAACCGAAAUCAAAGCCAGGUCACUAAAAGCAACAGCGUGCCGAAUAUAAUGAAAGUCCAAAAUUCAACAACGACGACAUCAAACCCUAAAAGUGGGGUUCAAUCCACUGGACAGCCGACUUCGCAUUUGCAGCAACAGCUACUCCAUCCGAAUCUUCAUCAGCAGAUACAAAUGCAGAAUCAGAUACAGAAUCAGCAUGGACAAAAUCAACUACAAAGUCAGCACGGACAAAAUCAACAACUACAGAACCAACCGAACCAAUUGUACCAAGUUCAACAAAUACAAAACCCCCAAAACCAAUUCCCCCAACAGCAAUUAAUGCUCCAGAAGCAAAUAACGACCCAAAAGAACCAAGUCUUACCGAAAGGAGGAGCGACAAUAACGCCGGUUCCCAAUAACCAACCUCUGAUCAAAGGAAAUCUAAAAGUCCAGCAGCAGCAGCAACAACAACAACAGCAAAUGGUUCUCCGAGUGACAAAUCAAAAGAACCAACAAAACCUCCAUGGAAAUAUGAAAAUACCAUCAUCAAAAGUGACGAACAUUGUAAAAGCGCCGAAUCAACAGAAUUCCAUGCCACAAUUCCCCCGAAAUGUGAAUUGUCAACCGGUGAAAGUUGUGCAACAGGCGCAAAAUGUGAUUUUCCCACAAAAUGCGCAGAAACAACCGGGAUGCAUUAAGACAAUACCGGCGCAAAAACCGGGACCGAAGAAUAAUUCAACGAAGGGAAUGGUGAAGACUUCGAUGAAUACAAAUAUGACGGCAUUGAAGGGACAGCAGCAGCAGAAUUUGGUUCCGAAUUUAGUGCAGAAAUCGACGAUUAAGACGAUAAUGCCACAACAACCGGGUGGACCGAGUAUGUUGAUGCAAAAGGGACAAACGCCGAAGGUACAACAACAACAACAACAACUACUAAUGCAGCAACAGCAACAAAUGCCAAUACAACAGAAGCCAAUUGUUGCCGCGACGCAUUUUCCCCAACAAGCGAAACAACAAAUUGGUCAGGUUAAAACUUUGCUUCCUGUUAGUUCCGGAGAAGCACGAAGGGAUAUGGAAAUAAAACAUGAAGCUGUGAUUAUUGCACCGAAGGAAGAAGAUUCUCAAAAUCGAGCUUCGUCUCCAUCUAGAAGAAUGCCGUUACCUUACGAGGUGUGUUUGCAGUUUGUUCUGCAAGAUCAUAAUUAUGGUGCUCCACCACCAAGAACACCACCACCCCCAUCACCGCCCCCACAUUCUAAGCAGCAACCUGUUAAUGGAGCCAGUAGCUCUGCAGUUGUUACUCAAAAUUCUUUCAUUUACGGUCCAGCCACACAGACAACGACUGUUGAGGACGAUGCUCAGAGUGCUAUCAGCAGUGAGCAAGGACGUGAAGCUGAACCCGAAGGCGAAGAAACAGAAACUGCGCCCGAAGGUGAAGGAGACGACGAAGACAGCAUUACACGUUGCAUUUGUGAUUUUGAGCACGACGAUGGAUAUAUGAUAUGUUGCGACCGGUGCUUAGUUUGGCAGCAUGUCGAUUGCAUGGGUAUUGAUCGAUCGAAUAUUCCCGAUGAAUAUCUCUGUGAAAUUUGUCGACCGCGUCGUGUCGAUCGACAAAGAGCGCGUGCACUUCAAAUGCGAAAGCGUGAGGAACUCUUGAAUUCUGACACGACAUCAGAUUCAUCAUCAACCACUUCAGUUGAUACUGACGUUGGUGCAAAUGCAAAUCCAAAUCCAAAAAAACGUUCUCUUCCACAGCAACAGCAGCAGCAGCAUGCACCGCCGCCGCGACGAAAAUCCGAUCCCCCUCAAGUUAGAAGGCUGAAUAAUAAUAAUAAUAACAAUACAGUAAAGAGACAAAGGCGAGAGACAAAUCCAAGACAACCGAGUGCAGUGCGUCAAAAGAAGGAAACAGUAAAACGUGUACCAGGCAAACGAAAAACAAAACGUCGAAUGAGCAUCGAGGAUAAGGAGGAAGAAGCUCAAGACUCAUGGGGUUCAAAUAUGGCACCAUUACGACAAUGGAUCGAAAGAUACGAAGAGGCCGUGACAAAUCAUUAUAGUCCGGAACUUCGAGCUCGAAUAUCCAGCAUUAAAAUUAAUGGCACUCACAAUGAUCUCAGACAGAGUAAUAUUAAUAUUGCAGCAACUGGAAAAUGUCGAUUGAAUGUACACAGUAAUAGUUUGAGGUUCCUCGUUGCGACAAUGUAUCUUCCGCCAAAUACACCUGUACUUGAAUUACGUGGGAAAUAUAUGUUGAGUACACAGCAUAGGCCAUCAUCGCAUCCACAAGGUCGACAGCACGCACAACGACCGGGUCCAUUUGUAUUUUUCUAUCGUUUACCACGCGAUGGAACGGAGGUUUGCGUUGACACAAGAACAUAUGGUAAUGAUGCACGUUUUGUUCGACGCAGUUGUAAACCAAAUGCUGAAGUUAAACAUUGUAUAGAAAAAGGAACAUUGCAUUUAUAUAUCGUUACAACAUUGCCGAUUGAGAAAAAUGCUGAGAUUACAAUUCGACACGAGCAACAUGAUUUACUGCUGUCGCCAAAUUCAAAUUCACAAUUAAUGUCCAUUAUUUGUGCGUGCAAUAAUCCCAAAGAGUGUCAAAUUAAUAAUGCUGUACCACAGGUGGUUGCCAAGAAGAGUACCAAUGGCGCUAUCGCCGAGAAUGCUGAAAGUGGAAGGGAAAAGAGAAGACGCGGAAGACGAACUACUGUUUGUGAGGAUAGUGAAGCGGUGCCAACAGUAACGUCUGGCAUUGUACCACAACCACAACAGCAGCAACAACAACAACCACCGCUACCACCACCAGUAAUACAACAACAACAGCAGCAACAACAACAUCAGCAGCUACAGAUUCAACAACAGCAACAGCAGCAGCUUCAACAACAACAACAACAACCUGCAGUUUUACCACCACCGACAGUUUCUACAGUUCCGUCUCCAGUUUCCACGCCGCCGGUACCAAUUGUAUCGCCAGCGGCGCCAAAACGAAGCGCCUCAACGAGCAGCAACGUCGGCACAACGACUCGCCAAGCAGCCAAAGAUGAGUCAAUGCUAUCGCAAACAUCGCUCACGUCAAUCAACACCUCCUCCACAUUGCCAACUCCCGAAAAAGAGAAGAAGGAUAAGAAAAAAUUGACCCGCGAAGAACGAAAAAUGGAGGCAAUAAUGAAAGCCUUCGAGAGAAUGGAGAAGGCACAGGCCCGAAAGCAAGAGGUUCUAGCGCGAAAUGCUCAACGUAAAGAAUCAGGUGGCACGCACAGUGACAAUGACGAGAAUCCCAGUGCUUCACAACCGAAGCAAAUAAAAUCCUCCUCAUCAAUAAUUGAAAAACCCCUGCGACGAAAACGACGAAAGGGACGAGCGCGAACAACAAGUUCAUCACACUCCCAAAGUGGUAAUCGUCGAUCGCGUUUAAAUUCCGCCGAUUCCGAUCUCUCAUCAGGCGAAGAGAGUGCAUCAAUUCAAUCGCCACCCCUCUCAUCGCAACAAAAUUGUCUCAAUCGUGACACACCCUAUUCAAGUCGCAUUCACACACCAACAAAAGACAACAACGAACAAGGAAAUCAGGGAAUUUCAACAGCCGCUGGUUUACUACUCGCCCUGGCAAAUUCCAACGUUCAAGGUCCAAGUUCACCGCCUCUGAAUCAACCGACACCAAUCAAGAGUCCAACGUGUGACAGUGGCGCGAGCAGUAGUUCUCAAAGUUCCACACCUUCAACGCCAUUGUCCUCGGCGUGUCUCCUAGUGGCCGCUGCAGUCGGUCCACUAGCGCCCGGUUUCAAAUUUCCAAAAACGAAAAAAGUUCUCAUGAAUGAGUGGCUCAAGGAAUCGCCAGAUCCGCUACCAGUGCAUCAUCCGCAAGUGGCGUCUCCCGAUUUGAGGACAAAUAUGAUGACGCAACAACCCCUCGUGAUUGAGAAAUCAAACGAUUUCCUCUCACCAAUUGACCCAUCGACGGAAUUCUUGUCCCAGACUUACGCCGCCAAGGGUUUGGCGACAUUGGUUCAAGCUGUGAAUUCGGUGUCGGGUAUUUGUGAAUCACCACCGCAGAGACGGCAGUCCUUGACUUCGAUUAAUCAACAGCAACAACAACAGCAGCAACAACAAACUUGUCCGGUGUCGAGUGGUUCGGCCAAGAAACGAUGGUUGAGACAAGCCAUCUCCGAGGAGUGUGACUCACCGAACAGUCGACCCGAGAGUCCACCUAGUGAAAUGGUCGUUGCACCGCCGAAGAAACGACGAAUCGCCAGGGAAAGUUUGUCGUCUGAUAAUUAUACACCACCAACGACGCCGACUCUAUUGAUGCCAGAACCUGUUCAUGUCAGGACGAUGUCUCACGAGGACGAGUUUGUUGAUCGUUUGAAUUCGCCAACAUUGGACGAAUCGAGAAUAUCGCAAGAUUAUGAUUCGGAACCACUAAAGGAUUUUGUAACAACAACAGCAGCAGUAGCAGUAACAACAACUCAACAAACAAUUUCCUACGAACCGGAAUGUAAAUUAAAAAUUGACAAUUCAAUGUCACCGAUAUUACCAGCAACAGUAAUAAAAAAUGAAGUGAAUCUCGAGGAAAAAUUGAAAUUUGAAUUAAUUCCAACGUCCGUUAUGGAGACUAUUGUGAAACCGGAAAAAUUGGACGUUGAAGAUGGUUGUAAAUCAGAGUCAACGCCAAUGGACAUCUCUGAUUGUAAGGACGAAUCAUUUGAAUUGAAAUGUGAAACAUCGGAUAAUGAGAGAAAUGAAGAGAAUAAUGUUCUAAAUGAAAUUGAAAAAAAUGAUUGUGAAAAUAAUCAACAGGAGAGUGUUGUCAAUAAAUUGGAUGUUGAUAUGGAGUGUCAAAAUGAUGAUGAGACGGAUGCAUUUAGUUCGCCAAUGAGAGAAUCCUCCGAGGGUAUUUUGAAGCAACGCGUCGCCAAUAUGCGUCUUGAAUUUAAUGCUAAUAUUCAAAAAGUCGAGAGCAAGUGCGAAGUGGAGAAAAUGGACGAUAAAUCAGACGUUGAGUUUGAUUUUGAUGAAUUCGAUGUUGAGGCGCAAAUGAAGAAAAUUACCGGCGACGAUGGCGAUGAUUAUAAGGAGAAAGUCGACACUUCUUCGGAGAAGGACAAAAGUAUGGAUGGACUCGAGGGACUCAUGGAUAGUUCCAAGGAGGAUUCUGAUUCCGAGGUGGAGAAAGAUGUUGAGGACAUUAAGAGUGUCGAAACUCUUCAAACUCUUCAAACUCCUCAGGAAACGGUCGAGGAACGAGCCUUCAAGGAACUGGAAUUAAAAUGCAAUACGGAGGAAUUCGUCGAGGAGACUAAGGAAAUAAAAGAAGCAGCGUCGACGACGAGUCCAAUGCGAGAAAUUGAAAAACCUGAACCCCCAGUGGAGGAAAUAAAAAUUGAGGUGAAUUUGCCAAAAGUCGAGGAAGCGGUGCCGCAAAAAGUAUUUCCGUCAAUGCUACCAUUGAGCGAGAGAAUUCGCAAGAAACCCGAACCAACGCCAAUGCCAAAAUCACAUUUAGAAAUUGAAGCAUCAAUUAUUGAAUCUUCCAUUGAAAUGGAGGCGAAAUUGGUAAAUAAUGGCGAGGAUAAAUCAAUGUUAUCAACGGCACUUCGGGAAUUAUUGGAAGCGCAAAUUGACGAGGAGGUACUACCAAUGGAAGAGGUAGUAGCUAAUACUGAAAAAACGGAAAUCAUCGAGAAAGUUGAUAAAUUUGAAGUGCAACAAGAAUUUUCGUCAAUAUUGGAAAUUAAUCAAGAGAAACCCGAGGAAGAGGAGAAGGAGGAGGAAGAGGAGAAGAUGGUGGAAGAAGAGAAGAUGGUGGAAGAAGAGAAGAUCGAGAUGGUGGUGGAGAAGGAAGAGAAGAAGUUGGUGGAAAUUAUACAAGUGACGGAACCAUUAGUUGUAACAACUACAGUAAUUAAUCAAGAGAUUCCAAUUGAUAAUCAAGAGAAUUUAACUCAAGUUUCAACACCCAUUAAAGUUGCCUCACCGCCCAGAGAAGUUGGACUAAAAGAUCCACGACUGAAAGAUCCAAGGACCUGUGGACCCAAGGAUUCUGCGAAAAUGGAAACUCCCGUCAAGCGCAAGGUUAGAAUGCUAUCGAUAUCGGAGUACAGAAAAAGAAAGCAACAAUCAACUGGCACGCCACCGGAACCGGAAUCAUCGAAUGAUCCAUCCUCGGAUAAAGUUACUGCUCGGGGGAGAUCCGACAGUGCGAGCAGUGGAACUUCAUCUCUAAGUUCCGAUGAAGAAAGUUCGAAGGUACCUCUUGAUUUACCCGGCUUAUCUACACUGCCACUCUUCACGAAUCCCGACGGCGAUGAGAAGAAAGGUACUGAAGAGGGGAAGAUUGGUUGGUCGGCUGCGCCCACUUUGGUCGAGCGACAACGUGAAAAUCUCACCGAAAGGCUAAAAAGAGAAUUUGGUCUCUUUCUCAGUGACGACGAGGAGGAAAGAGCACGAAAGCAAGGUUUGAAUGCAGAAGCGAUAUUGAAGGCAAGAAAGGAACAACCACCGCCGCCACCGCCAACGCAACCCUAUCCAACGACAGUAUCAACAAAUGUGACUUCAUAUCCAAUUCAACAAUUACCACCUCAACCCUAUAUUCCACCACCAGGUUCGGCAUCAAUUCACUAUUCUCAAUUUCCGACGAAACCGUCGACAAUACAAUAUCAAAAUUUCACCGCACCACCUCAAACAAUUGUUGUCCCAACAACGAGUCUCCCAGUUGAUGCAAAUCAAUUACCAACAACUCAACAACAACAACAACCUCAACAACAAUUUCUAAUUCCACAAGCACCACCGGGAUCAAAUCCAUAUCCACCGCAAUAUGUGCCGCAAAUAAUAACAGCAGUCGCGACACAACAAAAUUAUCCAUUGGGAACACCAACGCCAGUACCAGCGCCAGUUCCAAUGCCCGUUCCAAUGCCAGUCGCGAUACCCGUUGUUCCAUUACCCGUACCACCGGUUUUCAAUACGCCACCACCGCCGCCACCUCCACCACCUUUACCACCUUCUUCAUCACAACAAUCAACGACCCAAAAAACAUUUUUCAAUCAACCAGCACCGAGAUCGUAACUUUUAAUUCAAUUUAUAGCUUUAUCUAAAUUAUUUUAAUUCCCUUCUUUUAUUAUUAUAAUAUAUUAUUAUUGUGUUAUACGAAAUCCAUACCAUUUACAAAAGUCCUAGACUUUUCAAAAAAAAACUAUAUAUAUAUUUUCUAGUACAGUCAAAUCUCUCUUUCUGAAAUUCUGUACUAGAUUCCAAAAUGUACGAUCAAAGAAAGUACAAUAUUGUAUAUUUUAUCGAAAAAAAACAAAGAUCUCAAGCUUCCAUCGAGAGAAUCGUUCUAAUAUAAUUUUUCAUAAAAAAAAGGUUGAUUUUAAAUCUGCGGCCUAAAGAAAUAGAAGGCAAGAAAAAACAAAAAAAAAGAUAUAUUUCUCAUUCCAGUGAAGAGUGUGUUGUGAUCGAGGUCCGUAAUUAUCACGGACAAAAAAAAAUCGUGCGUUCCUCGGGUAUCGUGUAUAAAAAUUGAAUUUUACUAUUGCACUAUUGUUUAUACACAUAUAUAAUAAAUAUAUGGUGCCCUAUUAUAAAAUAUAGUGUUAAUUCCAUUUUUUGAUAAAGAAAUUAAUAGCAUGAAUUUGUAGAAUCAUGAUUAUCUUCUAUUAUAGAAGAAAUAAAACACAGAAGUGUUAAUUAAAUAACUAUAUAAAAAUAAUGUGCACACCUGAGAACUGCACUGUCCAUCUUUAUCUGUAAAUAUUUCUUUGCAUAAUGCAUAAUAUGAUAUAAUAAUAAUAAUAAUAAUAAUAAUAUUAAUAAUAUUAAUUGAUAAUAUUAAUUGAUAAUUGAUAAAUAUAAAGUUAUAUAUGUAAUCAUAGUUUCGACAAGAUAACAGAAUAUAGAUCUAUAAACAAGUAGGUAAAUAAUAGGCGCUCUGCUGCUUUUCACUGUUUUUUUUUAAAUGUUCGCAGCACUGUGCCGUCCCUCUCUCUCCCCCCGAUUCUUUAAAAAAUUUUAUAUUUUUCAAUUGUAAGAUGCGCCCCGCUAUUGUAAUAAACGUAAUAUGUUCAUAUUUCAAA